AUGACGUAUCGCAAGGGUCGACUCCGGGUCCACAAUGAAAAGCAGUCGGGCGCGAGCGGACACUUAAGCUCGGGCGGCAGCCGCUCCCAUCCCGAGUUCGCCCCCGGCCCCGCCCCGCCGCCGCGGCGCCCCGGGUGCCCCCACCGCCUGGAGCUGCCAGAGGAGGACGCCCAGCGCCCUGCGGGCCCGCACUCACCGGCUCCCGCCGCCCAAUCACUCCCGCUCGGACCCCGGCGCAGACCACACCACGCACGUCGCAGACGCCCACAGCCAGCCGGCGCCGCGUCCGUCUCCUGGGCUCCCGCGGUUGCCUUGACUACGGAGGCCGCGGUGGAACGGCGGAAGUUGCAAAUUUGGAGGAGCCGAGGAGCCGGGAGCAUGAGGACUUGGUGUCUGUGUCAGAUUUGUACUUGCGGGCGACAUCAUUGCCCACAUGGAACCACAAGGAUUUAUGAAAAUUGUGGCGGGUCUUGUGCCACAACUGAAUAUUUGGAAAAAUAUCCUACAUACGGCAAUGUUCUUCCACCUCAGAGUCUGAAGCCCAAGGAAGAAUAUCAAGCAUAUGGUGGCAAAAUGGAAGGAAUAACAACAUUUAAGUCGGAUUAUCGUCCUUACGAAAUAGACAAACAGCCUCGCCAUGCACCAGAAGAAUAUAAACCAAAACAGGGGGUGAUUGAUCUUGGCACCACCUACAAACGGGAUUUUAAUUCUUACAAAGUACAUCCUGUGGUGAUAGUUCGGCCUCUGGAGAGACAACAAGUUAAAAAAGGAAAGCUGGACACUGUCCCAACCUAUAAAGAUGAUUAUAGAGCUUGGGACAUUCAGAAAAGUGAACUCUACAAGCCACAACAAACUUACUAUCCCCCUACUGUGAGAUUUGGAAAUUCAACAACAUUUCAGGAUGACUAUGUCCCUCGGGAGAUAAAGCCUAGACAAAGCUAUAAACCCAGCCCCGCGGUCGAACGCUCUACCAUCCCCUUUAGCGGUAACACAAGUCAUCGCCUUGAUUAUGUGCCUCAUCAGCCAGAAUUCAAGCUGGCAAAGCCAAAAGACAGCUACAAGCCACCCGACCAACCCUUGGAGGACCUCACAACUCACCGAUGCGACUUUCAGGGUCUCGUCGGUGAAACAGCAAAGAUCUGCAGACCUGCACACACCAGAGUGGCCCAGGAUGCUCCAUUCGAAGGAAGCACUGAGUUCCGGGACAGUUUUCAAGCAUGGGCACUCCCAGCACCGCAAGUUCAGAAAGUGCUGGAGUACUUCCCUCCCGCAGGCACCAUGCAGCUGCAGAGCACCAGCCACCUCGACUAUGUCCCGCAUCAGGCCACGCGUGUGUUUCCCAUCAGGCCCGCUUCUCGUAGGAGAAAUCAUAGCUUUCCUUUCCAAGGAAAGAGCACCACGAUGCAAGAUUUCCCAGCAUGGGAAAGCUGCCGUCAGGGACUCAUUAAGCAGGAGCCGCAGAUCCCCAGCCCGUCUGGAAAAUUCGAUGGCUUGAGCACUUUCAGGUCUCACUACGUGCCCCAUGAACUAAUUCCCACCAAGAGCUGCAAACCUGUGGAUGCUCCCUUGAAGAGGUCACUUCCGUUUGACGACGUCACCACGUACUCUCUGGAGUAUAUGCCCAAGAAACUGGAGACCUGCCCGGCUAGCUACCCUUCCCCUCCUGGCUACCUGUUUGAAACUACAAAUUCCCGAGGUCAUAAAUUCUUCCGCAAGAUCGCUCCCGUGGUGAAGGCCUUCUAAUUCUCAAAUCAGGUUUAAAAGGAAGCGGACUUACACCAUGUUGGCUUCUCAAGGACAAAAUCAAUUUUCUAUAAUAGGAAAAAAUAAUUUUUUUUAAGUGAAAACUAAUCAUUUUUUAAAUUUUUAAACAAGAAAUUUAGAAAAUCUGUCAGAGGAAAUCAGGAUUUUUAAAUCCAUUUCGAAUUAACAUUUUAACCAAGAUUGUUGUUUAGUAUGCAUUUCUGAGACUUAAA